AAACAUUCGUACCGGAAGUGUUUUCCUUCUGUUAGCCUCCAUCGCUGAGCGUGAAGCGGAAGCUCCUCAGCUUUUAAAAGUGCUUCUCUCUGCUUUUUCUCCAUAUCUGACAGAAACUACAACGACUCUAGCUGAACACGCAGCACAUAACAUAAUAAACACUCUCGGUUAUUUUCUUCAUGGACUCGUAAAAGCCUUUGUGUUCACGGCUAACUUGACAUGGCUGCUAACCCUCCAGGACCAGGCUUUCAGAACAAGACGCGGGUGGCCAUCCUGGCGGAGCUGGACAAGGAGAAGCGGCGGCUGAUGCAGGGCCAGGCCAUGAACAGCCCCGGGGCCAACAUCCCCCUGUCGUCCAGACCCAGCCUGAAGGAGGUGAGGGACAGCGCGGAGCAGCAGCACAUCGCCGCCCAGCAGAAGGCCGCCCUGCAGCACGCUCACGUCCACUCGUCGGGCUUCUUCAUCACCCAGGACUCCUCGUUUGGGAACCUCAUCCUCCCGGUGCUGCCGAGGCUGGAGGCCGACCUCUGACUCUCAGUCUGCCGGCAGACACUGAGCAGUGCCUCGGCCCGGCUGGACAUUCACAACAGCUCACAUGCAAACACAUUUCUUUGUCCUGUAAUCAGUGUCAUGUAGGUGUCCAAAAAGUUCUCUCACAGUAUGAAAUCUGACAUUUGACCACAGGCACUGUUGCUCCAUUAGCAGGGGUGUAGGUAGAACAAAGCAGGGUCCCCAGAAAUAACAGUGCAGUCAAUGGAUGCAUCCUGCAGUGAUUAAACAAUAUGCAUCAUUCAUGUUUUCAGUAAUGAUGAUACAGACACAUGACGUUAUAAGAGUGUACAACUCGUUAAUAACACACUAACUGCUCAUGGACAAUGGGGACAGCAUCAUCUGCACACUCAUAGCUAUAAUCAAUACAGGACUGUGAUAUUAAAACAUGUCUGGCCACUGUACGCCUCCGGGAGAAAAAGAAAUCUGCAAAAGCCCGAGAGGCAGAGCUGGACUACAGCACCAGCCAGGCAGAGGACCCAAGACUGUCAAGGGCUCCACAGCUCCAAAUUCACUGUGUGUGCAUUCGAUGCACAUGAGUUUCAUCAUUUAAAAAACUUAAUAAGAAUUUGUAAAACUAGCUUUUGAUAGUAACUAAGGUCGUGCUGCUUUAAAUACAGAGGUGGAAUGUUAUUAAGUACAUGUACUCAAGUACUGUACUGAAGUACAAAUUCAAGUUAGGCCUCUAUGUGCUUUAAUUCACUGUAUCCAUUUAUGCAACUUUAUACUUCUGCUCCACCACAUUUGUCUGACGUCCCCUUCCUCACCAGUGAAAACCAGCCAGGUGUCCAGAUGUGGUCACUCUUAAUGUUUGUGAUAAACCUGAGCUGUUUGUUCGUGAGAAGAAUCUUCUCAUAUAUUUAACUGAAAACCCUUGGACUAGCUGUGAAAUGCAACAAAGCUGAAAACAUCAAUUGUUUAUAGAAAAUGAAGCAUGUCUAUAAAGUAGUUACAGUGAUCGUUCUGUUGUGUGCACUGUUUUUGUAUACUGUCUGUCGUAUGUGCUGUCUGACGGUCAUCUUGCUGUGAAGAGGAAUUUCCCCUUUGGAUAAUAAAGUGUAAGUCUGAGUUCA